UACUCAGCACAUUAUCAGUGUGCUUAUUUGAUGCUUCCUAUGGCAGGGCCAGCAUCCAGAUAGAGUCUGAACCUUCUCUUAUGCAGUAGGUUUUACUCUCCCAGACUGAGGCCGAGUUCAUAUGUCUAAUGAUGGAGAAUAACAACGAAAAUGAGGAGAAACCAUUGCUUUUUACUUUAAGAAGAUUUCAUCUCUCUGAAGAUUAUGGCUUCCUUCUUCCAAAUCCUCUGAGCGAACUCCCUGCUCUCUAUGGGCCUUGGAUGGAGAUUGCCAACAACCUGCCUCACCUGAUCCAGAGCCAUCAGCUUCGUUCAGAAGUGUAUAAGAUGCCCCAGCUGAGCAGUCAGCAUCUCAAAGGGCACCGAGAGCUACACUUGGCCCACCUUGCACUCAGCUUCAUCACGAUGGGGUUCGUCUGGCAAGAAGGAGAGGAGGGGACCGUCAAGCUUCUGCCACGAAACCUUGCUGUUCCCUACUGGGAGAUCUCUCAGAUGCUGGGACUGCCUCCUAUCCUGGUUCACGCAGAUUUUGUGCUAGCGAACUGGAAGAAAAAGAAUCUGAAUGGGCCUUUGGAAAUUGAGAAUCUGGACACUAUCUUUUCACUGCCUGGCGGAGAGAGUUUGAGAGGAUUCAUUCUAGUUACUCUCCUUGUUGAGAAGGCAGCAGCGCCUGGGGUUAAGGCCGUUGUUCAGGCAGGUAAUGCCAUCCUGCAGCCUGACAAAGAGGCCCUGCAUAAGGCCCUGCAAGAGAUGGCAAAGGCCAUUAAAGAGAUGACUGAUGCUUUGAAACGGAUGCACGAUUAUGUGGAUCCAGCAAUAUUUUAUGCCGUGAUCCGGAUCUUUCUGUCUGGAUGGAAAGAUAACCCAGCAAUGCCAGGAGGGCUGAUAUAUGAAGGAGUUUCUGAUGAGCCUAUGUCAUAUUCUGGAGGGAGCGCAGCACAGAGCACAGUACUUCAUGCCUUUGAUGAGUUAUUAACAAUUCGUCAUAGCAAGGAAAGCACUGCAUUUCUCCACCGGAUGAGGGAUUACAUGCCACCCCACCACAGGGCCUUCAUAGAAGAAAUCCAGUCUGCCCCUUCACUGAAGCAACAUAUACUGUCCUCUGGAAAUGAAAAGCUGCGCAUAGCUUACAACCAAUGUGUGUCCGUCCUGGCAGACUUGAGAACCUACCACAUUGCUAUUGUCACCAAGUUCAUCAUCACAGCAGCCGCUAAUGCCAAAGCCAAGAAAGGAAAGGAAAGCCACUGGGUGGGCAGCCUUCAGAUUAACCCGCCUUCGUCGUUACAAGAGAGGGGCACCGGUGGCUCAGGCAUCCUGAGCUUCUUGAAGAGUGUCAGGGACACGACGAGAGCAGGGAUAAUAUAGUGUUAAAUGCUGUCGUGCCACACGCGUUUUACUAGGGACGAGAGGAGUGCGCAAGCUUAAGACCAAAAUAGCUUUUUGUUUAAUAUCUGCAUUUGUGCCUGUGCCAGGAUCUGGCUGGGAUCACCCCAGUUGAAAGGUCCAUCUUAAGUAGAGCAUCCUAUGCCCCAUUUCUAUGAAC